UUACAUUACCUGGGGCUCUUUGCCGCUGACACACUCACACAACAAACAGGAAGUGGAGGAGGUGGAGGAGUUGUCUCUUAAAAAGAAGCAGGGGCAAAGCUUCACGUACAGUAAACGAGGUGAAAAUGUGGCGCACGAAGAUUACGGUUGUGGACGAGAAGAAGAGAUGAACGUUUCGCACAAAAUCCCGGAUUUCUCCUCAGGAUCAAAACCAAAGAUCAACAUUGUGGGACAGCAUGCCCUCAUCAAGAGUCACUCUUCAGAUUGUACUUCUGACAGUCUUCUUUUUUACUGUUUCAGGGGCUCAGAAGCUAACUAUAACCCCUGACAGAGGCACCACCAUCAACAUCAGCAGCAGCAGCAGCAGUCAGGUCAAAGGUUGCCAAGUUUGCACAGCACCAGGGCGGUGUAGCACAUCCAUCCUGCUGAAAGACAGCACUCAUUACAUCUUGGAGUUUAAGUGCUCCAGACCUCAGGAUGUGUUCAGCGUGGAAAUUGUGCGAAAUAUUGAGUGUACCACAAGGUCGUGUACCAGCAACAUCAUCCAGGCCGACUACGGCUCCCUUCCUUUGCUGGAUUUUAACCGCAAGUUUACCUGGAACUUGAAAGCCUCCUCUUUAAAGGCGUUCAAAAUAGACUUCAACAAUGCAGGUUUUAGACAGAUUAACUCCUUGGAGAGAUGUUUAGACAAACACAGUUACACCCUCCAGGCCUCCCAGACCACAGGGAACGUGGUUGUUGGGAAAUACUGCAGAACAGGACCCAUCCACAGUGCUCAGGUACUAGACCGGGGCAGCUUUUCUCUGGAUGUUCCCGCAGGGCAGAAGCUCCAAACCGGCCAGUUAGAUGUGUCUGUGGGAGAGGAAAUCAAAUCCCUUGCAAAAAUGACAGUGAUGUUACCAAAAGGGACCUCGUCUGCAGAGCUGCUCUCGCCUAACUACCCUGAGAGUUUCCCUGACGAUGAUGUGAUGGAGUGGUACUUUCAGGUCCCUGACAAACACAAGGCGACCGUUCAGUUCUUAAAAGUAGUGCAGCCACGUUGUUUGAAGAAAGAGGCAGCAGUGGAAUAUCACAGCAAAGGCAGAGGGGCAUUGGUGCUGCGCCUGUCAGAUUCCCAGCCGGAGCAGAAUCAGGGAAACUUCUCUCUGACGCUCAGGAACUGUGAGAUGGACAGAAGACGAACUGAUUCUCCUGGACUGAGUCUAAACCUCAGGGUGUCUUCAUCAAGUAAAAGUAUACCAGCGGUAACCUGUAAAGUGGAUGUGAACAGAAUGGAGGGUCUUUCUCUUCACAUCGAGAAGUUGAGACCGGCCUCUGACUGCAAGAUGAAAAUAAACUCUGUGCUGAAGGAGAAGAUCACCGUCACAUCGAACAGUGACCUGACUUUCCAGGACUGCCAGCCAGACGACGUACGAGUCUCUGCCACCAGAGUCAUAGAGUGCAGCAGGCUGAAAGACUGCCCACAGACUCCGGUCCGUCUGCCUUGCUACCCUUCGAUGCCGUCCUGCCUCCCCACUCCUUUAAGCAGUGUAACCUGGACCCUGCGUCCUCCUCAGCACGGUACAGUGGAGCUGACCUCUCCCUCUGGACCCCUCAAACAGUCCCUUCCUGGACAGCCGUGCAAUGAUAGCUUCAUUAUCAAAGCAACUGAAGAUGAUGGCAACACUAUAGGACACUUCUGCCCCCAGGGAACCAUUCAGAAGAUCCAAAUUCACACAAACGUAACAGUCACGGUGUCCGUUCUUGGAACAAAAGCCACAAGGACAUCUUUAAAGCAUGUCCUGGAAGCUAGAUUGAAGGAGGAAAUAACAGAAAGAUACAUAUUCACAGUAUUUCCAAAGAGAGACGCUCCUGUCUUGUUAGCUACUCCUGGUUGGCCGUCGGGAAUGAAGUCUUCCUCCACUGUCUCCUGGAUUGUCACAGUUCCCAAAAAGAUGGAGGCCCACCUGAUGUUUACCAACCUCAACCAGCCCAAAUGCAGCAACCGACACACCAACAUCAGAGUGCAGAGAGUUGGCCGGCUGGAGGAGGAUUACAGCCGCAGAGAGGAUGAGGAGGCCGAGGAAGAGAUCACAGUCUCAGAGAGCUUCUACCUCAACAUGUCAAACUGCAUGCCGGAACGAGGGGACUUCAGUGUCAUCACCAAGAUCACCCUACAGAAAAGCCAGAACCUCCUGCUGACCAUCAUCCUGAGCGUGGUGGCAGCUCUGUUGGCCAUCUUUGUCAUCGUGCUGGUACUGGUCUGUGUGGUGAUAAGGAAGAAGAAGAAGAAGCUGAACCAACAGGUGUCGAUUUACAAUCCAAACGGCAUCAGCUUCUUGCCGGGAAACAACGGCUUCCCAAAAUCUCGUGAAGACAACGAGUCUCAUGUGUACGCCUCCAUCGAGGAUACGCUGGUCUACACACACCUGCUGAAAAAGGGGAGAGAGAUCGGCGUCUAUGGGGAGUUUGAAACCUACAGACCCUUCGCAGGACACUCGGACUCACAAAAGCCACUGGUCUCAAAAGACGGGGAGGACGACAACAGACAAGUGGGGACCUACCGACCCUUUCAGUACCCCUCUCAGCAGGCUCCUCCCCUUCCUGUCAGGCCUCCCAGCCAUGUUGACCCCAUGGUGGAGAACGAGAUAUACCAGACUGAGGGACAAAGUGAAGAGGAGCGUUCUCCCAAUCUGGGGCCACGUAUGGAGCCAGAGGGAGGGAACUGAGGAGAAGAUUGGAUUCAGCUUUCUGCUUUCCAUUUGACCUCCUUGAACUUUGAGACUUUCAUUCCCUGGCUUCUGUGUGAUUACCUGAUGUUCAGCCCUGCGAGAAGCUUUCGUUUUUUCUCUUGAGCAUAGUUUUGCACCAAAGCGGGCACACAAAAUGACCCUGCUCAAACCUGCCUGCAGCUGUUACCUUGUUUUAUCUCAGAUGAAGGCACAUUUGGUUUUCAAAAGCAGAAUACCAUCAUCCCUUUUUAAAGCAGUUUUUAUACCAGUUUCAGGCAGAUUCUUUUAAUUUGAGAUAUUUUGUACAUAUUCAAGAGGCUUGUUCUUUUGAUUAGAUCACUGAGAGAACUCCUUUACUCUUGUAUCUCUCUAGCAUCAUCAAAACAUGAUGACCUGUGUUGCAGGAGUUUGAAAUAUCUGUAUAUGAGCAUAGACACUCUUAAAGAUACAGCAUGAUUACAACAGAAAUGUGCCAAACAGACACUCCUGAUAAUCCAGUCUCUACAGUCUAAUCUCAAACUUGCUUUCAGCAAUUUAAGGACCAGGAAUAAAUAAUAAUGUUGCAUUUGUCCUUUUUUGGACCCAUACUUUUUGGAUUCUCAAGACUGAUCUGCUGCUAACUAUGUGAUCUUUGACGUUUUUCUUAAAGGGACGUUUUUCAUUUUGUCUUCUUCAUCCUGUUGAAUGGGAAUCACCAGCAAAAGGUCUCAUUUCACUUUUAUGUUUUUAGGACCGUUUUUAAGAUCUCUUGUUUGCUAUAAUAACAUGAAACCAAACAUACACAAUUACUAGCAAUCUGAGUACAAAGUUACAUCCCACGAAGAAAUAUCGAAUUUUUUUAGACUGAAUUUGUUGUGUUUAGUUGUAGGUACAUUUUACAAGAAACAGACUGUGUGAUUGUAAGCUACAGUUUUUGAUUAAUUUAAUAGCAUUAAAAGUUGGAUGGGAAUGACAAAUGGCAUGCUGAAGUGGUAUAUUUGGGUGUUUAUUUUAACAUUUGUGAAAACACUGAAUACAAUGGGUUUUCUUGUAAAGCCCUGAUGCCUCCUGCAGUUCAUUCCCUGAACUACAGAGGGAGACAAAGUUGCCAUAAAUCUGUUCCUGUCCUGUGCUAAUAAAACACGCUCUGCUCUCUUA